GUCCAUCCAAAAGAUUGCAAACAAGAAGAUGGCAUGAUUUUGCAAACCUGGAAAGUCUAAAGAUUACAAUAAUUGUUGGACCAAAGGGACCCUCUUCAGGCAUAAAUAGCAAGACUCCUACUGUCUUCUCUUGCAGACCAACUCAGCUGCCAGCAAAAGCAGGUGCUCUCCCCCUACCAGUGCUCCAGAGGAAAUAUUUAGGAAUGGAAAACCUGAUGUUUGUCUACUGCUCCUGUAAAGUUAUCUGGACCUUACUUAUAACAAUACUAGGUUAUGCCAGCAGCCUGCCUGUGGGGGAUGAUUCUAUUUGCACAGCAGAAGAACUUGCUAAGUACAGCAUAAUCUUCACAGGGAAAUGGAGUCAGACUGCUUUCCCCAAACAGUAUCCACUUUAUAGGCCCCCAGCACAGUGGUCAUCAAUGCUAGGUGUUACUCAUAGUUCUGACUACAGCAUGUGGAAAAAAAAUGAAUAUGCCAGCAAUGGUGUACGUGAUUUUGCUGAAAAGGGUGAAGCAUGGGUACUAAUGAAAGAAAUAGAAGAAGCUGGAGAGAAAAUUCAGAGUGUACAUGGAAUCUUCUCUGCUCCUGCCAUUUCCAGUGGUACAGGACAAACUUCCACUGAAUUAGAAGUGCAUUCAAGACAUCCCUUAGUUUCAUUUGUUGUACGAAUUGUUCCAAGCCCUGACUGGUUUGUGGGUAUUGACAGCCUCAGUCUCUGUGAAGGAGACCACUGGAUGGAAGAAGUAUCAGUAGAUCUAUUUCCGUAUGAUGCUGGAACUGACAGUGGUUUCACAUUUUCUUCCCCAAACUUUGCCACUAUUCCACAGGACACAGUUACAGAGAUCACUUGUUCCUCUCCAAGUCACCCAGCAAACUCAUUUUAUUAUCCCAAACUCAAAAUUUUGCCACCUAUUGCUCAAGUGACAAUGGUGAAAAUAAAGAAAAACCAGCUGGGUCUUCCUGCACCUUAUCUUAAUCUUCCGGCUAAAAGCAAUGAAAUAAUAGACACGGUCUCAGAAACACCACUGGACUGUGAGGUUUCACAAUGGUCUUCCUGGGGUCUUUGUAGAGGUAUUUGCAGAAAAACAGGGACCAAGAUCAGAACUCGUUUUGUACUUCUUCAGCCUGCCAAUAAUGGAAUGCCUUGUCCAAAUCUGGAUGAAGAAACAGGAUGUGAACCAGAGAACUGUGUCUGAAAUAAAGAAAAUAUAAUAAUUUAGAUAAUUUAAAAGUAGGAUUAGUUUAACAAAAUCUAAACUACAUGUCAGUCAAUUUUCCUUAUAAUUCAGGUAUGCUGCACUAUUUUGCCGAAAAGGUAUUAGACUGGUUUUAAAAGUUGUUGUUUAAUAUCAAGAUUUUGGGGGGUUAAAUUCCUAAGGUUUAGUAUGACAACAGUACUUGAUCAUUUACAGACCAAAAAACCCCAAAUAAAUCCUUGCUAUAAAUAUACUGUAAAUUCUUGGAGUACCCUCUAGUGGCAGAAAAGAAGACAUUUGAAAAGAUUACACUGCACAUAUGUAAAAAUUUCAGCCACAAAAUCUAAACUAAUAACGUUAUUAGAUACUGUAAUUUGUUGAUCUACAGCUAUUUAUACCUAGAAAUUAAUUUUUUCUCUAAAUUAUGUUUUAAUAAUUUAUUGGCAUUUUUGUCGUCUUUCUAAAGAUGUUUAACAUGCGUUUCUUCACAAACUACUCACAUAAAUCAGAGUGACCAGAUAUUUGCAGUGUGGUUAAGACAAUAGUAUAACUGAGUAAACUUGUCUUGAGAC